AUGAGCGAACCCAGCGAAGUUAUGGUCGACUUCGACCUCAAAAAAGUCUUCAUAUUCCACGCAGUAUUCGGCGUGCCCGAGCGCCCCGAGUCCACAGCCCGCGAGUACUUCUUCCAAAGCGUGUUCGUGCCCCUCGAAGGCGGCUACACCGGCGCGGUAGCGCUUCUCGUCUCUAUGAUCUACAAGAUCAAGAACCAUCCAAGGCAGAUUCGUCUGCGAUAUGACACGUCUCCUGAGCACACGGGCGGAGUCUGGUACGGGCUCUGGCUGGAUAAGGAGUUAGAGGCGGCGACCAAUGACCGCGUUCGCGCUGCUGUUGUGGAGGACAUGGAGCGGAUGAUUGGGAAGUUUGUAACUGGGUAUAACGCUUCUACUCCUCCUACCUCUCCUACUGUAAGAGAGGUUUGA